GGGCUGUGUUGCCGAAGGGAAUUGUCCUUGAGCUAUGAGUAGGGCGACUGGCCCCGGGGCCUUAUCCAGGCAGAGCCGGAGCGAGUUAGCGGCUAAGGUGCCUGGUCGCUGGGUAGGGCCCAGUCGGUCGGGGUGGCCGUGGGGAAGAAGAUGGGGUACAGGGGCAUCCCGAAGGUGUGGAGCUAGGCGCAGGGCGAGGGCUUCGAUCAGGAAAACGCGCCGUAAGAGUGCAGAAAGGCUACAAGACUGUCCGCGACCAUGGGGGAAGAGGCAGGCUGCGGAGACUGCCGACGCGGCUGGGGAGAACGAGACUUUGGGGACGUCUGGGGUUGUAGGCUCCAUUGAGGCUGCAAGGGAUCCCAAGGCUGUGUGGGUGAAUGGGGCUGUGGGAGAACCUGAGGUGGUGGGGCCUGCUGGGUCUGUGUGGGUUACUAGAUCUGAGGAAGAGGAGGCAGGCGAUGGCAAUCCCCAGGGCUGUGAAAGAAAAGGUCGCCCAGGGGCGAUAGGGCAUGAGAGCAUUCUGGAACUGUGGUUGAAAGUACAGGCUAUGAGGGCAGCUUCGGGAUGUGGGGAAAGAAGUAGAGUGGAACUCCAUCCUAUGCCUGCAGAAGAAGGGCCAGUGGAAAGGGGCAUCCCUGGCCGGGCCUCCUGGAUAGAGACAAGCCGAGGCGGAAUCACGGGACCAUGGGUGAGAGGACAGGCUAGGGCAUUUCCCCAGGUCUCAGGACUGUCCAUACCCACGGGGUUAGGGCUAGGUUGUGAGACAGCCUCAGGCUCCUGUGGGCACAGACAGGCUGGGAACGUGCCUCCUCCUGUGGUUGCUCCUGGAGCUGUGGAAGUGUUAGGCAGUGCACUUAACUCAAGUCCGUGGGAAAGACCACAGGUUGUAGGGAAGCCUGAAGCUGUGGAGAUGAAGAUGGGCUGUGAGACUGCUCCAGAUCAGUUGGGGAGAGGACAGUCAGUGCAAGUUCCUGGAGCUGCGGGGCAAGAGGCCUUCUAUGGUCCUACCCCAGGCUUAUGGAGGAGGGGGCAGGCUGCAGAGAACCUUGAUGCUGUGAUGGUACCCAGAGCUGUGGUGGAGGAAACUGCAUCUGUGUGUGCCCCAGACAUGUGGCAGAGGAGACAAGAGGUAGAAGGUAUAAGCUCUGAAGGUCUCCCUGGCGUGCGGGGCACAGGACAGCUUGUAGGGGUGCCUUGUGCUACUACUAAAGAGGAAACUAGAUGUGGUGAUCUAGGAUUCAGGGAAAAAGGACAAGAUAUGUGUGUAGAGAUGGGUUCUGGCGGUGACCCAGUGUUGUGGGCAGCUGCACAGUCUGUAGAGCCAUCUGGUCCUGGGGAGCAGGAGGCAAGUUCUCAGCAGGUACCCCAGGGCCUGUGGGGUGUAGAACAGGCCAUGGAGAUACCCAGGUCUCUGGGGAAGGAGACAGACUAUAUGAAUGUUCCCGGGCUGUGGGGAACAGGACAGCUGCCAGGGGUGUCCCAGGCUGUAGUGGUACCUGAAACCAGGGGUGAAGGUACAAGCUAUGGUGGUGUCCCAGACCUGUGGGAGAGGCAACAGGUUCUGAGAACUCCUCUGGCUGAGGCGGUGGAAGAGCCACACAGUGCGAAUGUCCUGAGCCUGUGGGAAAGGAGGCAGGCCAUGGGGGAGCAGGAAUCUCUGGUGCCUGGAGCUUUAGGGGCAGCUGGGCCUAUGGAUGAAGAGGCAGGCUAUGGGGUUGUCUCAUGUCUGUGUGAGAGAAGGCGGGCCCUUGGAGUGUCUGAGGCAGUGGGGAUGCUCAAGGCAGCAGAUGUGGCCAGGCACAGGUCUUCCCCAGCAAGAGUACCCACAGCUCUGGGUGCACCUAGAUCUGGAAGGGUGCCUGCCGCUGUGUGGGUGUCUGGCCCCAUGUGUCAGGAGAGCAGCUCUAGAGAUGUUUUGAACCCGUGGGAAAGAGCUCAUGGUGUCAGAGUACCUGGGGAUUCAGGGGGUGUCAUGGCUUCUGAGGAGCUGUGGUCUGUGGGAGAGGAUAAUGAUUCUGGAGCUUUCCCAGGUCCCUGGGGAAGGAGACAAGCUCUCAGGGUUCCAGCAACUCUUGAGGCACCUGGUCCUAUGGAAGUAGCAAGUGACUCUGGGGAUUUCUCAGGCUCGCCAGAAAGGAGACACGUUGUAAGAAUACCUGUGACUGUGGGGGUAUUCCCAGCUGGUGGGAGACGUGUGGUUCCCAGGACACCUAGGCCUGGGUGGGAAGAAACUGGAUCUGGAAGUGGCUCAGACUUGUGUGGGGAGAGACAGGCAGACACCAAGAGUUCCACAAGGAUGGGGGUGUCCGCUUCCAGGAUGCUUGGGCCCGAAGGGGAGAGGACUGGUUCUGGGUACAUGUCAGCCUUGUCAGGAAGCAGGCAGACUACAGGGAUAUCUGUGGCUGUGGGACAGUCUGAGCCCAUGGUGGAGGAGACACUCUCUGAGGGUCUCUUGGGUUUAUCAGGAAAAAGGCAGAUUGCUGGGAUGCCUGUGGCUGCUAGACUUUCCAUGGCCCCAGGAGUGCCCACAGCUUCUAGGAUCCAUAGGCCCCAGAUGGUGAGGGAGAGCACCUUUGGGGAUGGCCCAGGCACAUUGAGAGGGAGACAAGUCACUGAGGCUCCCGCUGUUGCCAAGGAUCCUGGAUCUGUGGAGUGGGAGACAGGCUCCGAAGAUGUCUCAGGCCUAUGGAGAAGGAGGCACGAUGGACCCUUCCCCGAGGCUUCAAGAGUGCCAGUGCCACUGGGGAGGGUUGAAGCUUUAGGAAUUCCUGUUGUAGGGUGUGUGCCUGCUUCAGUGGGGGUGACUGGGUCUUCAGGAGAAGAAGGAGAUAUGGGUAUCUCAGGCCUGAGCACAGUGAGCAGACAGUACACAGAGAGAGCUGAGCCUUCAGGGGAGCAGACAGGAGAGUACUGUGUUGUGGGAAAUUGAAGAGCAAGACAAGGCCCUUAACCCUCAAAGAACCUCGUCUCACUGGCAAGAUGAGACAUAUUCCUGUGA